CCCAACUGCUACGGACCAAAACACGUAAUCUGAAAUUUGCCACGCCCACUACCACCACCAAAAUGCCCAUCACAUCCCCAACGCUCGUUCCCCGUCCUCCAAUCAUCCCCGUCGUCCUCCCACGCGCACCCCAAGUAAACCCAACACCACUCCCAAAACUCGAUCGCCAUCCCGGCCGCAUGGACACCCGACACGAUCUCCAACGCGAAAUCGACGAUCUCUCAGAUGAGGAAAACGAACUUGAAGAUUCCGAAUCGAGGGUUCCAGUGGCUCGUUCCUAUUGGGCGGAACACGACGCAGUUGGAGAAGAACAGAUGCCUGGUUUUUCGUGUUUCGUAGAAGACGAUUCCGAUGGUGCUGAUACCGGCCAAUCAGGCGGUGGCCCUUCUAUGAACGAGGAUGGCGAGGAGAACGACGAUUCAGGAGCAGAUCUGGAUGCAAGCAUGGAUGAUAUGGAUGAUGAGGGUGAGACGGGGACAGCGAAUGAAGCCGAGGAUGCGAAUGAUAUGACAAAUGAUUUUGAGGAGAGAUCCAGCGAUGCUUGA